CUCAGCCUUUAGGCUCACCUUUGGCCCGUCAAAGUCCCUGCAGAGAGAGGGAGGAGGGAAGAGUACAGAUUGAAGAUACGUUAGAUAACAGCCAAGCAGUGCCAGGUGACCUCCUCCUUUGGACUGGGACACUGAGCAGAAAGGAGCUGACAUGGCCGGGUACAAGCCGAGGGUGAUUUCUCUAACCAAGAGGCCGGGUCAUUCAUUUGGCUUCUACUUGAGGAUGGAGCAUGAUAAGGAGGGUCACCUGAUCCGCUGCCUGGAAAUGGGAGGUCCAGCCGAACUGGCUGGCAUGAAAGACGGCGAUCGCAUCCUGCGGGUCAACGGAACAUUUGUUGAUGGACUGUCCCAUUCAGAGGUGGUGGAGAUGGUGAGAAACGGUGGAGCAUCAGUCGCGUUCCACAUCCUGGAUGAAUCUUCCUACGUGAAGGCCAAAGAACAGGGCGUGGACCUGUUAAACCCUGGGAGCACACCGGUUGCCAAUGGUGUGGCCAAACAGGCUCUGAAACCCAAACUCUGCUACAUGGUUAAAUCCAGCUCAGGCUAUGGGUUUUCAGUUCGCUCAGUAAAAGAUGAGGAGGGUUUGUUCAUGACGGAGGUGAUCCAAGGAGGUGUGGCUGACAGGGCGGGGGUCAAUGUCAACGACCGCCUGCUGGAGGUCAACGGGGAGAACGUAGAAGGCUCCACACACGAUCAAGUAGUGGACAAGAUCAGGCUGGGUGGCAGCAGCAUCAUGUUCCUGCUGGUUGACGAGGAAACAGACAGGCACUAUCAGAGCAAGCGUAUGAAGAUAGGAGCAUGGUUAGCUACCGCCAAGUAUCUCCCGCACAAGCCACGCGUCGUCGACAUGACCAAAGGACCCGACGGCUAUGGCUUCCUGCUCAAGGAAGAGACGAACCAAACAGGGCACUUCAUCAAGGACAUAGACAGAGGCAGCCCGGGAGAAAGAGCAGGUCUGAAGGAAAGGGACAAACUAAUAGCUGUGGACGGUUGCGAGGUGGACGGCUGCAGCCAUGAGCAGGUGGUGGACAAGAUCAGGCAGAGUGGCAACAAAUGCUGCCUCCUGGUAGUGGACAAAGACACGGACCAAAUGUAUACGCAGGGGAACGUGUCUCCUAUGCUCUUCUUGGAGGAGAUGAGGGACUCCAACUCACCACCCAGUUACACAGAAGCCCUCAAUUUACCCGCUCCUGUCCGACCAUCCACACCCGUUCACAGUAAGCCGGAGGAGCUGAAGCCUAAACUGUGUAAGAUGGCGCAGACCUCAGCUGGCUAUGGCUUUCACCUAAAUGGCAUCCAGGGGGUGAAUGGACAUUACCUCAAGGAGGUGGUGAAGGGUGGAGCGGCUGACAAAGCGGGCCUGGAGGACGAAGACAUUGUGGUGGAGGUGAACGGAGUAAAUGUGGAGCAGAGCAGCCACGACGAUGUGGUGGCAAUGAUCCGCAGCAGCGGCAGCUCUCUGGAGGUGCUGGUGGCUACAAAGAGCGUCUACGAGCAACUCAAAGCCAAAGGAGUGACCGUCACACGCAUGCUCCUCGGAGAAACAUCCUAUGUCCAGGUCCACACCGCAGACGCUCCAGACGAAGUAGAGAGACACGAGGAGAAGGCCAGGCCUGAAACCCCAACUGAACCAGCAAGAGAGAGGACCAUAUCAUCUAUAUCUCAAGACAGUCUUGAUGAGAAACUCUGAGAAGCCACCGAAAGGACACACUCCCUGAUUUGGCCUUUUGUCAAUCUAAUGUUGAUCCACCGUUUCUUUCACAAUCAUCGAAGGGCUUCACAAUGUAUCCAAUUAAUACAAAGAGAUGCAGGAAAAUAAAAGAAAGGACAAUAUCUAUCAAUAUCUCAACCAUGACAGGAUAGUUGCAUGUAUUUAAGGGCUGUGAAUACUUUUGUCUUCCUUUGAUGCAGACAGUAGAUCUACUUCUAGAUGAGCAAUGAUGUGCCUAAUGUGUAAUGUCUCCAAAAUGUCAGAUUACCAAUGUUACCAAAAUAUCUCCAGCCUACAGAGCUUAAGCUAACACUAUUCAUGUUUCCAGUAAAUACUGUGGCCUUUCAUGUAUUUUUUCUGACUUUUAUUUAAUGUUCUAAAAAUUAAACGUUGUUGUUCCCGGUUCUAAAAUAAAAGUAAAUGAAUUACAAUGUUCAUGAACACAAAUAAAUGAAAACAUACUGUCUCAA